AUGGCUCUCAAGGAGGGAUGCAGGGCAUGGAAGAGAAUCUUCUGGCGGCAGAUCCUACUUGCACUUGGCCUAUUAGGCCUGUUCCUGUAUGGGCUCCCCAUAGUCAGGAAUCUGGAAGUCCUCAUCCCCAUGGGUGUCUGCCCUUUGACCACAAUGCCCCUGCUGAGAGACAAUUUCACGGGUGUCCUGCGUCCCUGGAUCCGGCCUGAAGUCCUGACCUGCACCCCCUGGGGGGCCCCCAUUAUUUGGGAUGGCACUUUCGACCCAGAUGUGGCCCAGCAAGAGGCUGCACAGCAGAACCUCACCAUUGGGCUGACUGUGUUUGCUGUAGGCAGCUGCAUGGACGUGGACCAGCACUUCAGCGGCGCUUUCGGGCCCGAGACGCUGGCCGAGUCCGUGGCGCAGCUGCACGCCUGGCACUACCGCUGGCCGCGGCUCCUGCUGCCCUUCGAGCGCGACGCGCGCUCGGCCGCCGCGCUGGCGCCGGGCGAGGGCGACUUCUACUACCACGCGGCGCUGUUUGGGGGCAGCGUGGCGGCGCUGCGCGGGCUCACGGCGCACUGCGCGCGGGGCAUAGGACGGGACCGCGCGCGCGGCCUCGAGGCACUCUGGCACGACGAGAGCCACCUCAACAAGUUCUUCUGGCUGCACAAGCCCACCAAGGUGCUGUCGCCCGAGUUCUGCUGGAGCCAGGACAUCGGCCCGCGGGCGGAAAUCCGCCGCCCGCGCCUGCUCUGGGCGCCCAAGGCGUACACGCUGCUGCGGGACUAG